UGAAUUCUAGUCUUUUCUUCCUUUUUAAUCUGUUAUCUCUUGAGUGACCUCAACAGGAAACUUGCAGUCAACUGAUUUGAAUCGAGUGGAUGUGCUUCGAAGCUGGUAAUGAAAUUUCCUGAUAAUUCCUCCCAAGUUUUCAUUGGCUUCCAUUAUGUUAAUCAUCAUUUUAAUAUUCCACUAGCUUUUCCCUUCUGCGCGCUGAGUUUCCAGCUAGCAGAGAAUCGGAACCUGAAACCGAUUCCAGUGAGACCCAAGUAGUAUCUGUAUCUCCAUCAUCGAUCUUCUUCACAUGGAACUACCUUCAUCAUCUUCCUCCCCCAACCCUCAAACAGUUCCAUCAUCCUUUAAUUGGGAACAUGAUGUCUUCCUCAGUUUCAGGGGGGAGGACACCCGCAAUAGUUUCACAGACCAUUUAUACUAUGCUAUGAACCAGAGAGGGAUCGACGCAUUUAGAGAUACUGAAAAGCUUCGGAGGGGGAAAUCCAUUUCACCAGAACUCCAGAAAGCAAUCGAAGAGUCCAAGUUUGCGGUCACUGUUCUUUCAACCAACUAUGCUACUUCAACUUGGUGUCUGGAUGAACUUGCACAUAUUCUCGAUUGCAGGAAAGUGAGGGGACUGCAAGUUCUUCCGGUUUUUUAUCAUGUAGAACCAUCUGAGAUACGGAAGCAAACGGGAAACUACGGCAAGGCGUUUGCUGAGCAUGAGACAGAUUUCAAGGACGAUAUGAGAAAGGUGGACAAGUGGAGGAAAGCUUUAGAGGAUAUAGCCAGUCUCUCCGGAUGGCAUGUGACACAGGAUAGGAGAGAAUCAGAAGUUAUUCAAGAAGUAGUUAAUGAAAUUCUAAAUGCACUGAACGAAAUGUUAUCCGUUCCUGAAAGAGAGUUAGUUGGAAUGGAUGCUCGUAUAUUAGAAAUAGAGUCUCGCCUGGAUCUAGAGUCAAAUGAUGUUCUUACCGUAGGGAUUUGGGGAAUGGGGGGAAUCGGUAAGACAACUCUUGCUAAGGAAGUAUUCAAAAAGAUCUGUAACCAAUUUCAUCCUAGCGGCUUUGUCUCCCAAGUUAGAUUGCAAUCUGAAGUUGAAUUGCAGCGACGUCUCUGUGAAUCCUUUUUGGGGUAUGGCAAUAUAAAUAUAGAUACUGUUGAAAAAGGGAUCAAGUUACUGAAGAAGGCACUAUUUAAAAAAAAAGUGCUUAUUGUUCUAGACGAUGUUGAUAAUUUGAAACAAAUAGAAUGUCUAGCACCUGGAGGCCCACUUGGAGAGAAUAUUUGGGGUGGAGGGAGUCGACUGAUUAUAACAACUAGAGAUAGAAGCCCAUUGAGAGACUUUAAUGUACAAGAAAAUAAAAUAUAUGAGGUUGAAAAAUUGAGAGAUGAGGAAGCUUUUCAGCUGUUAUGUCAGAAAGCCUUCAAGAAAGACAAUCCCCCAGAGGAGUUUGUGGCGUUGUCCAAGAGUUUUCUGCAAUAUGCUAGUGGCCUUCCUUUAGCUCAUGAAGUUCUAGGGUCAUACUUGUCUAGACUAAAGGUAGAUGAAUGGUCAGAGAUAUUGCAUAGACUAGAUGAUGAUCAGGAUAAAGACAUUUUCAGUGUGCUUCAAAUAAGUUUUGAUGGAUUACAGGAUACAGAUAAGAAAAUAUUUUUGGACAUUGCAUGUUUCUUCAAUGGCGAGGAUCAUAUCCGUGUAAAGAAUAUAUUGAAAGGUUGUGGCUUUUCUUCCAGAAUUGGUAUAAGUAACCUCAUUGACAAAUCUCUGAUUAAAAUUGAAAGAAAUAAACUGUGGAUGCAUGAUUUACUACGGUGCUUGGGUUGGCAUAUUGUUCGUGGAGAAUCUUCUUUACCGGGUAAACGUAGCAGGUUGUGGCUUGAUGACAAUGCAUACAAGUACGAAGGCAGAAUGUCAUGGCGUUUUGAGGAUGUUCGCAACGUGCUGAUGGACAAUACGGGAACAACUACUGUUGAAGGCUUAUUCUUAAGCUCGCCUGAAAAAGAAGAAAUGCCAUUGGAUGAUGACCCGUUCUCAAGUAUGCGCAACUUACGAUUGCUGAAGAUUUAUAACGUGAACUUUCUGGAUGUGCACUUUAGUUAUGUCUCUAAAAAUUUACGACUUUUAGAAUGGCACAAAUGCCCUCUAGAAUCUCUGCCAUCUAAUUUUAAAUCGGACAAGCUGGUUGAAUUCAAGAUGCCUGACAGCCGCAUUAAGAAACUAUGGAAUGAAACGCUCUCUCUUAGAUUGCUACUACUCAUGGAUCUUUCCAACUGCCAAUAUUUAGCCACGACCCCGGACUUCAGUAAGGUUCCAAAUCUUGAGAGACUGAUCCUUGAAGGUUGUACUGAGUUAUCAAUAGUUCACCCAACAAUUGGGGAUCUCCAGCAACUGUUUUUUUUGAAUCUGAAAGGUUGUGCAAGUCUGGAGAGCCUUCCUCACUCCAUCAGGUUGAGAUCUCUUCGAAUUUUUUUUCUUUCGGGAUGUUCAAAACUCGAACACUUUCCAGAGAUUGUGGGGAACAUGGAUGCUUUAUCAGAACUUUAUUUAGAUGGCACGGCUAUACGGGAGCUGCCUUUAUCAAUCCAGCAUUUGGAAGGCCUUGUUUUGCUAAAUCUUAGCGGCUGCAGGAACCUUCCGAGUCUUCCUAGUGUUCUUUGUAGUCAUUUGACAUCACUGAAGUUUCUCUAUCUGUCAUUGUGCUCAAGCAUGGAAAAACUGCCAGAAAACAUAGGCUACUUGAAACACUUGGAGGAGCUUGAUGCUUGUGAUACUGCUAUAAGAAAAGUUCCUGAUUCCAUUUCAGGUCUCAAGAAUCUAAAACUAUUGUGUUUCCAUGGAUGUUCUGGAUUCACAGGUUUAGAGUUGCCAAACAAGUUCUCAGGUUUAAGAUCUUUGACAACACUAAACCUAGGUGGAUGUAAUAUCGCAGAAGGAGCAAUCCCCCCUGACAUUGGUGAUUUAUUCUCACUGCAGAGUCUGGAUUUAAGUGAGAACAACUUUUUCACCAUACCUGAAAGCAUCUCUCAGCUUUCUGAGCUUACAGAAAUUUCUUUGUUUAAGUGUAGCAAACUACGGUCGUUGCCAAAGGAUCUUCCGUCAAGUCUAAGAAAUGUAAAUAUACGUGGUUGUCCUAUGCUGACAAAUUCUUCAUCUAGUUGGAGGAGAUAUCCGCCUCUAAAGGGUUUGAGUAUCAUAAACUGUCAAAAACCAGAGGAGGAUGACAUCUUUCCUGAACUCCAUAAGUUUCGUUUGGGAAAUCUGGAAGAACUCGAUCUUUCCUACUGCCAACACUUGAAGAAGAUCCCUGACUUGAAUGGGGUUCCACAUCUUAAGAAAUUGAACCUUGAAGGUUGUGAAAAAUUAUCAGAGAUUCACCCAACAAUUGGGCGUCUCCAACAUCUGAUUUUUUUGAAUUUGAGAGGAUGUGUAGAUCUAGAGAGCCUUCCCUGCUAUAUUAGCCUGAAAUCUCUUAAAAUUCUUAUUCUCUCGGGAUGUUCAAAACUUAAAGAGUUUCCAGACAUUAAGGGAAAUAUGGAGAAUUUUUCUCAACUGCAUUUAGAUGGGACGGCGUUAAAGUAUCUGCCAAUACCGAUGAAGCAUUUGAAAUACCCUAUUUCGAUAAACCUAAGAGGCUGCAGGUACCUUUUGAGUGUUCCAGUCCUAUUAAGUCUGAAAUCGCUCAAUCUGUCGGGCUGCCCACGUAUAUCCAGAUUGCCACCCAAUCUGGGAACCAUGGCACAUUUGGAGGAGCUUGAUGCCUCUGAAACUAUUAUAACAGAAUUACCCCCGUCCUUUUCAUUUCUGGGGAAGCUUAAAGUGUUAUCUUUCUGUGGAUGUAAAGGUUUGCAGUUGCCUAACUGGUUCGUGGACUUAAACUUUUUGACAUCAUUAAAUCUACGGAGGUGUGGUCUAGCAGAAGAAGUCUUUGAUAGCCUCUACGGCUUGUCCUCUUUGCAGAUUUUGGAUCUCAGUGCAAACAAUAUUUUGAUCAUACCUAAUGAAAUCGGUCGCUUAUCCUCUUUGCAGAUUUUGGAUCUCAGUGCAAACAAUAUUUUGAUCAUACCUAAUGAAAUCGGUCGCUUAUCCUCUUUGCAGCGAUUGCAUUUGAGUGGGAACAAAUUUGUGAGUAUACCAAAUGAAAUUGGUGACUUGUCCUCUUUGCAGCUUUUAGAUUUGAGUGACAACAACUUCAUGAGUAUACCUAAGAGCAUCUCUCAUCUUUCUAAGCUUACAGAACUCCGCCUGUUUAGAUGUAGUAAGCUACAGUCCUUGCCAAAUAAUCUUCCCUUCAAUCUAAAACAUGUUUAUGCACAAGAAUGUCCUAUGUUGAAGUAUAAUGCAGAUACUUUGACAAUACGGGCAUCCGGAAAAGGGUUCUGUUUCAUGCAUUGCAGAAAAUCUGAGCAGGAUGAUGAUCAGCCAAGCCACGUCCCAGUUCCAGUUCCUGAAGACAGUAUCGAACUACUCUUUCCUAUAUACAUUGAGGACCGAGUGUAUGGUAAAAAGCCAUUUGAAAUUCGUUUUCCACACGGUACUAGAAUUCCCAAUCUGUGGAGUCAUUGGAGGAGUGGCCCUUCUGUGACAAUCCCACUAUCUGAUGGUAACAGUGCGUGUAUGGGACUUGCUCUGUUUGUUGUUUUUGAAAUCCUUGAGAAAGGCAAUUUCAACAAGAUUUGGGAAUGGGAGGACACUAUUUGUGAAUUUCUGACCGAUGUUGGGCCUGAAAAUUCCCUAGUUUUUCAGAAAUUCAUAGACUUCAUGGCUGGGUCAUAUGCACUUUGUUGCUAUGAACCGCGAGGCGGGCAAUUGAGUGGGAUAUUCGAUAAACCAAGCUCACGACUUCGAGCUUCAGUUUCAACGAAGAGACCGAAUUUAAAAGUGAGAGGUUGUGGGAUACAUCUAAUAUCAGAAGAAAACGCUGCAGAGUUUGUAAAAAGUUUAGCCAAUCAGACUCCUACUCAACACAUUGAUUCCAAUUUUGAUCGACAUUGCAAGUACAUAUUAAAUGAGGAGACAAUAACUGCUGACCUGAAGGAACUGGAAUCUACUUCAACUUUCAAUGAAGAUAGCUACAGCAAAAGUGACUCUAAAAUCAAACUCAGAGGACAGCUGUCAAUACUCUAUGUGGGACGCAAUGGACGUGAGAAGAGUUUUCAUCUUUGUGUUCCUGCUCUGGUAGUUUCAAUUCCACCCUGGUUCCUCAAUCAUGAUGCCGGGGAUGUAACACUUUGUGACAUUACUGAAAACUUGCUUGAUGAUCAGACAUGGGUAGGAUUAGAACUUUAUGUUAGAUUUACUCGGCGUGCAUCUGCUGUGAGAUAUGGUAAUAAUAGUUUCUUCUUUAACGUUGAUUUCUGUGCUUAUGAUCAUGGAAGUAUAGUGAUGCAUCAAUCCCUCGAGAUUAAUAGUUGUCUUGGGACCUCAGAUCAACUUGUUGUAUUAAAUGUACCACGCAUUCAUUUUCAACAACACUUGAAUCAAUGUAAGAGUAUUAGCGCGUUGUUCAGAACCAUUAACCCUGAAAUGGAGGUCCAAUUGUGUGGGAGCCGUUUAGCCUUCGAGCACGAUCUUGAAGACUUGACCAAAUCAUUAACUGAGGUUGCAGGCAUGUUUGGGAAACAUGUCCGCACUCAGAUUUGCUCCCUAGGCCAGCGCAAUGCAGUGGAAGCAGAAAUGCCCAUCAAUUGCUGUUCCUGGUUCCGAAGAAGUGCUGCACUAGUACUACCAAAACAAGCUCCUGCUCCUUCUUCCUCAAUAGUGCAGCUGCAAAAUCAUAGAUGCUAUAUCCAGCAACAGCAAGGUUUUGUGGAGUCUGACCUCCUUACCCAAUUGGUCUACAUGAGAUCAGUAAUGUUACUCCACUCCAGAGGUCUUCUUUUCGAAAGCAAGGAUAGAAACCAAGAAAUCGUUGCAGAAGAAGAUAGGACAUUGUUGUUGCCUCGUCAUCAUGUACGUAUAAUGGCUGAGACUCAACUUCACGGAAGCUAUAGUUCAGAACAGUGGAAGAGAUGCCUCAGGUUGUUGCUUCAACAGUCCAAGGUGGCUACUCUCAGUCUUGGUGGACAUGCAAUUUCUGCUUUCAAGAAUUUCGACCCGUCCUCCGCAUACAAUCUUAUUUGUCUCUCUGACAAGGAAAUUCCAGUGUGGUUCGAAUAUGGGAUGUCUUCUAGUUCCAGGGUGGGAAUCAGACUACCACUAAAUUUGCAUGAUGUUGACAGUUGGCGGGGACUUGCUAUAUGUGUUGCCUUUGAAGUUAAUGACGAGGGUGCAAUGGCCUCCCUGGUCAAUCUUCUCUGUCACUUGAGAGCCAAUAAGGACAACUAUUGCUUGAAUCCUAUGCCCAUGUGUUCCAUCUCUAGAAAGAAACUCAAGUCGUUGCAUCUUCGCAGAUUCAUUUGGCUGACCUACAUACCCCGUGUUCUUUUGACAGAGUUAAAUGUGGUUAAUGAUGUUGAGGCUAGAAUUUACGUUAGUUCCCCAGGCUUGAGAGUAGACAGUUGCGGUAUCCGUCUCUUGUAUGGGCAUGAAGAGAGGGAAUUUAACAGUCUAGUAACGGAGAGCUGGACGUCUUUCUUUGAUGAUUUGCCUCUCAUUCGUCGACUGGUAGAAGCAGAUGAUGAAAAUGUUCAGCCAUGGACAAGGCAUGAAUUUCCGAUGCUUGAAGGGAAUAUCAAGGUGUUUGAUUCGGAUUUAAUAUAUAAUGCAAUUUCCCCUUCUAUUGAGAUUCCGGAGUGGUUCGGGCAUCACGCUGGGGACAUCCUCUCCGUCGACAGGUGUAAAUUCCAGUUACCAUCUUUGAGUGCCAACAACUGGAUAGGAUUGGCUAUCUGUGCAACAUUUUUUAUUUUUGAUCGUGAAAAAAUCUUUGAGCCACUUCAUUUCGAAAUUAAGUUGGAAACCAAAAAUAAUCGUUUGUCAUCUCCCCAUCGGUAUCAAAUGACCAAUGAAGAUUUUAGUUUCGCUUCUCAUCAACUGCGGCCUGGGAGAUUCAUUUGGCUCUCCUACAUACCACGACGCUGGUUUCUACAUCAGUUAAAUGGUGAGUCUGUCCUCAUUGCUUCACCUAUUAGCAGUACUCCGUCGUCGCUGCUCUUGGCCCGUCACCGUUUUGUGUAUGCGCAUGACGUGGAGGAAUUUAAGCAGCUCUGUUUCGAUCUUCAUCGACCCCCUGCCCAACAGUAAAAAGAUCAGGAAUAUGGGAUUUUAUUUCUUGUUUUGUACCUUCAAUUAACUUGUCAAGACAUGGAUUUUUUUAGUUUUUUUGGUCAAUAAGAAAGACAUGGAUUGAAUCUGUGAUAAAUUGUAAGCAGAGACAGAAAUUUUCAGUUGGAAUGACGCUCUAAGCGUCCGAAUUUUCUC